AUGUUGAAGUUUGGCAUCAAAUCUGCUAUUUUGGGGUCCGCAGUUUACUACACAGUUGAUAAAGGUGUUUGGAAAGAUAGUACUACUACAGCAGAAUUAUAUAAAGAACUAGAGGAUGGAGUUUCGCCGUAUGUAGGAGAAUUAAAAAAACAAAUACCAUAUGAGCUACCACCGCUACCUACUAAUGACAGGAUAUCUUAUUUAUUUAAAUAUUAUUGGAACAGUGGUGUUAAAGCAACAUUCAGGUUUUUAGUGAAUUUACCAACACAUACUUCAAAUGCUGCUGUUAAAAGUUAUGAAUUUAUAUCAUCAUCACUAGAACAAGAUACUAGCCAAAAUGAAGAACAAUCUAAACAGUAA